AUGAUAAAGAGCACGAAACUGGUGAUCAUUUGCAUUGGGCAAAUUGUUCAUAAAUCAGAAGAAUUAAGAGUGAAAUUAGAACUUUCCACCCGGCUGUGCAUGAAAACAGAUCCGAAUGUUUUGGAUAAAGCAGAACAGCUGCGCGAGCUGGAAGGAAAUAUUCUGCCAGCUUUUCUUAGACUGCAAGAAUUGACGGGGAGGAACGUGACUGUGGUUCUCCUUAGUGAAAUUAUAUGGGAGCUUCUUCGUCCAAGCACGGGAUGCCUUGAGCCGCUGCCUUUGUAUUUUCCAGAUUACAGCAUAGGACAUCUGCAGAAGAUUCUGUCCCAUGACCAUCCUCCAGAGUAUUCGUUUGAUUUUUAUGCUGCAUAUAUCAAUAUUCUUCUGGGAGUCUUCUAUCCAGUCUGCAGAGACUUGAAGGAGCUCCAGCAUCUGGCUGCCCUUAAUUUUUCUAAAUAUUGUGAACCUGUGGUCCAAGGAGAGGCGAAUGAACGCGACACACGCCGACUGUGGAAAAAUAUUGAAUCCCAUUUGAAGAAAGCGAUGCAAACGGUUUAUCUUCGGGAGAUAUCAAGCUCCCAGUGGGAACGAUUACAGCAAGAUAAUGGAGAACCUGGACAAGUGAAAGGUAUGUGUAGCUACAAUAGUUUGGCUGUGUAAAUUAUUGAUGACAAAG